AUGGAGGAGAUAAAGAUGGGCAUUCCACUGAUGGCACUGGACCUGCAGAAGGCCGGUGGCAUGAACAGCCCGUGCAAAGCCGCUCCUGCAGCCGGCAUGCUGCCCGGCGGGAUCCCACUCUUCCUGCUGCUGCUGCUCCAAGUGGCCUGGAGCUGUUCCAACCUUGCCUGCUACACUGACUACCUUGAGACAGUCACCUGUGUGCUGGAGACGUGGACGCAGCAGCCCCACACCCUCAUGCUGAUCUGGCAGGACCCGUAUGGAGAACUGGAGGAUGAGACCACCUCCUGCACCCUCCACCUGUCCGCUCACAAUGGCACACAUGCGCGGUACACGUGCCACAUAAACGUGGUCCCCUUCAUGGCCGACGACAUUUUCACCAUCAACAGCACAGACCAGUCCAGCGGACAAUCCUGGGAAUGUGGCAGCUUCAUCCUGGCGGAAAGCAUCAAGCCCUCUCCGCCCUUCAACGUGACCGUGACCUUCUCGGACAGUUACCACAUCUCCUGGAUCAACGACUAUGAGAACUCUGCCUCCUUGCUGAAGGGCAAGCUUCAGUACGAGCUGCAGUACCGGAACCGGGCUGCACCCUCGGCUCUGAGCCCGGUGAGAAAGCUGGUCUCCGUGGACUCGAGACACAUCUCCCUCCUUCCCACGGAAUUCCAAAAAGGCUCAAGCUACGAGGUGCAGGUCCGGGCAGGGCCCCAGCCCGGCUCCUCCUUCCAGGGGACUUGGAGCGAAUGGAGUGACCCAGUCAUCUUUGAGACCCAGCCAGAGGGUGAGUACCGUGCUGGGCAGCAGAAGAAGCUGUGGGUGUUCCCACAGGUUCCCAGCCCUGAACAGUUCUUCCGGCCCCUGUACGAAGGCCACAAUGGGGACUUCAAGAAAUGGGUGGGGACACCCUUCACUGCCUCCAGCCUGGAGCUGCGACCUGGGGUCCUGGGACUCCCCGCGAGGCUGGAGGAACAGAGUGGCUGCCCGUUACCAAGUACGGCCAAGGAGCUGGUGUCCACAGAGCUCCCAGAGCCCCCUGAUGGGCUGGAGGUGGAUGGAGGACCCUGGGAUGUAGCCCCCUCUGCAGCUGGCAGCACUGAAGUGUCUGGCUACAGCGAUGACGGGGACCGGCCCUAUGGUGUGGUGUCCAUCGACACAGUGACUGUGGCGGACGCAGAGGGGCCGUGCGCCAGGGCCUGCAGCUGCGACCACGAUGCCUAUCCAGCCCUGGACUUGGAUGCUGGCCUGGCCCUCGAGGACCCGCUCUUGGACCCGGGGGCCACUAUCCUCUCCUGCGGCUGCGUCUCAGUUAGCAGCCUGGCUGUGCUGGGGGGACCCUUGGACAGCUUCCUGGACAGGCUAACACUGCCCCUGGAACCUGAGGUGGACUGGACCCCCGGGCUGCCCUGGGAUGAAGGGCUGCCUGGUGACAGUGAGGUCGGCUCGCCCCCGGCCGCCCUGGACAUGGACACUUUCGACAGCGGCUUUGCAGGUUCUGACUGUGGGAGCCCUGUGGAGCGUGGCUUCACCAGCCCAGGCGAUGAGGGACCCCCCAGGAGCUACCUGCGCCAGUGGGUGGUCACGGCCCCUGUGCCUUCCUCACCAGGGUCCCAGGCCAUCUAG